UAAGUGAUUGUUGGAAAAGGGAAAGAGCCGUUUUUAGCGGUUGAUCAGGCAUUCCGCGGAGCCUCCUUCUUCAUUCCCUUUUCAUUCAAGAUGGCGGGUGACGAGUCUGGUACAACGCUUGGUCAGCCUCAUCUGGCUAGACAAGACCUUAGUUCUCUGGAUGUGUCUACUCUGACGCCUCUCUCUCAGGAGAUCAUCAGCAGACAGGCCACCAUCAAUAUUGGCACCAUCGGUCAUGUGGCCCACGGCAAGUCCACAGUAGUGAAGGCCAUUUCUGGUGUUCACACUGUCAGGUUCAAGAACGAGCUGGAGAGAAACAUCACCAUCAAGCUAGGAUAUGCUAACGCUAAGGUCUAUAAGCUUGACGACCCCAGCUGUCCCAGGCCAGAGUGCUACAGGUCGUGUGGCAGCAGCACUCCUGAUGAGUUUCCCACAGACAUCCCCAACACCAAGGGCCACUUCAAACUGGUCAGACACGUGUCAUUCGUCGACUGUCCUGGUCACGACAUUUUGAUGGCAACUAUGUUGAACGGAGCCGCCGUCAUGGAUGCAGCCCUCCUGCUUAUUGCGGGUAAUGAGUCGUGUCCUCAGCCCCAGACGUCGGAGCAUCUGGCGGCCAUAGAGAUCAUGAAGCUGAAGCACAUCCUCAUCCUGCAGAACAAGAUCGACCUGGUGAAGGAGAGCCAGGCCAAAGAGCAGUACGAGCAGAUCCUCGCCUUCGUACAGGGCACGGUGGCAGAGGGCGCUCCCAUCAUUCCUAUCUCAGCUCAGCUGAAGUACAACAUUGAGGUUGUCUGUGAGUACAUCGUCAAAAUGAUCCCAGUGCCCGUCAGAGACUUCACCUCCGAGCCCAGACUCAUCGUCAUCAGAUCUUUCGACGUGAACAAACCCGGCUGUGAAGUGGAUGACUUGAAAGGAGGCGUGGCCGGAGGAAGUAUCCUGAAAGGCGUGCUCAAGGUGGGUCAGGAGAUCGAGGUGCGGCCGGGUAUCGUGUCCAAAGACCACGAAGGAAAGCUGAUGUGCAAACCCAUCUUCUCCAAGAUCGUCUCUUUGUUUGCCGAGCACAACGACCUGCAGUACGCUGCACCCGGAGGCCUCAUCGGUGUGGGCACUAAGAUCGACCCGACACUGUGCCGAGCGGAUCGUAUGGUCGGUCAGGUGCUGGGCGCCGUCGGAGCGCUGCCAGAGAUCUUCACCGAGCUGGAGAUCUCCUACUUCCUGCUCAGGAGGCUGCUGGGAGUCCGCACAGAGGGAGACAAGAAGGCUGCUAAGGUCCAGAAGCUGUCUAAGAACGAGGUUCUGAUGGUGAACAUCGGCUCUCUGUCGACAGGCGGCCGCGUCAGCGCCGUGAAGGCUGAUCUGGCCAAGAUCGUCCUCACCAACCCCGUCUGCACCGAGGUCGGAGAGAAGAUCGCUCUGAGUCGACGUGUGGAGAAACAUUGGCGUCUGAUUGGAUGGGGACAGAUCAGGAGGGGCGUGACCAUCACACCCACCGUAGACGACGACUGAGGAGAGAGAGAAGACGCUGCCGUCACCUGGACACCACAACCAUCACACUCUUCUUCUUGGCCUUUUGUUGUUUUUGUUUUUUUUUGUUUUUAAUUUUUUUUUUUUUUUUUUCACAAGGAGUUAAGGAAGGGAACACAACAGGACACGUCAGUGUUUUAAAGAUGCCUCCUCCCUCUGCUCGUCUUCCUCAGCAGCGACAUGAGGAGGUCAGAUUAGGUCCAGUUCAGCCUUUUCACCUGUUUUUAUUUACUGCAGAAGGAGAGCAGAGGAGGGGGGAGGCCCUUUAGACUAUCAUAACAUCCCUGCAGCGAGACCUGGACCUUCAUUCAGUACAGAAAUGAUCCUGUACUGUCCGCAGAUUUGAGUCAGAUCUAAUAAAAUACAUUUGGAAGAAA